CGUCACUUGUUGGAAAAUGGCGCUCAAAACUUCGGCGGACACGAGUUAUAGCUUAAAAGUAGUACUACAUGGUUUGAUAUCGUUUCACUAUCAAUUAGAGGGAAACAAAGUCAUCAUUAACUAAAUCCAAAACAAACUAAAAACAAGAAACAGUUUCUUUUGAAUAAAAUGGCUGAUUUGCUGGGUUCUGCUGCCUGCUUAGACUCACUUAAGGAGGAUAUUUUUGAUUUGCAAGCAAUUAUUAGUGAAUACAGUUCUCGUCUUGGUCCUCUCAGUUACCCAUCUUGGAAGUUCCCAAGUCAACAAGCUGGAGAUAUAGACAUUGAAAAGCUAUUGGUUCAUUAUUUAAAUUUUACGAGCAUAUCUGAUGAAAACCAGUUGGAAGCUAAACAAAUUGCUCAUAUUGCUUUUUAUGAUUUGCUCAUUGACAGAAUGGUCUAUCUUCUUCAUGUUUCAAAUGAAUUUAGUAAAAGUCUUUUGAAAAUGUUAACAAAAGGAAAGAACAUAUUACUCUUAAAUAACUCAAAUUUAGAAGCUGGCAACAAUUCUGUAGGACUUGUUGCUCGUCAGACCUGGCUUUUGCAUGAAUUCCUGCAGAAAACUUUACUUCAGAUUUUGGAUGAGUUAAAAAAUAGAAAAAAGCAGCAUGUUACUGAACACCCUGAAACCAGCACUUGUAAAUCAGCACCAAAUAUUUCACAUUCUUCUUCAUCUCGCAAGCCUAUGUCACCUGAUGGAAGUCUCUACAGUGUCAUGUCAAAAGAUGUGUGUUUCAAGUCAACUCAAACAGUUGAGACUGCCUUUGUGCCAUGUGAGUCAUGUUCCGUCAUUCAGAGAAGUUUCAAAAGAUCUGCAUUCGCCAUUUUCAAGACAUGCCAAAAAUUGAAUUUGCCAUCUAAUAUCAACAAGUUAAUAAUAAAGCCAGAUAUAGAUGAUUCCUGGAUGUCAUUCAACGAAAUCUCAAAGUAUAGUCAUGAACAGGACAAAGACCUCAGUGUUAUCUGCCGACAGAUCGAAACAUUAGUGACUGAAACUGAGCACCUGAAAACGGAAAUGGCAUUGGUGGAAAAGAAAAACAAAUCUUUGGAGAACCAUCAGAAAGCAACCGAGAAAAAACUGGCCUCAGAGAAGGAGACAAAUGUUGUCCUUCAAAAGCAACACCAGACCAAACUCAAAGAAAUCUGUGAUGAGAAGGGGAAACUGCAAUUCCAGAUAAAAUUAAUAGGAAAUCAGCUUGAAAUAUGCCGUGAGAAUCUGAAAAAAGAACAAAAGAACACAGAAGACUUCAAGUUGGUGAAAGCUCAGUUGACUGAAGAAUUGGAGAAAGUGACAGAAGUUACUCAAGAUAGAGAGAAAUUUCAGGAAAAAGUGAAUCAACUGAGAUUAGAAAACACUGAAUGUAGUGAAAAACUUGCUGAAUCAGCUAAAGAAUUAGCAUUAACACAAGCGAAGUGUAAGAGUAUAGUGAAACAUAGUGAGUCAAUGCAAAAGAAACAAGAUUCAUUGUUGGAACGAGUUGAACAAUUAAGUGAAGAAAAUUCAACUCUACAUGACCAGUUAGCAGAUCUGCAGGAUGACAUUGAUGAAAACCUGGAGAAAUAUGAUGAAUUACUUCAAGAGAAAAUAUAUUUACAGCAACGGUUGAAGGAUGAAGAGAGCAAACAACAGCAGGUAAUGGAUGAAAAAAAUGAAAAUGAGAAAUUGCUCACAGCAGUCAGAUCAAAAGUUGAAGAAAUUAGUAAAGAACUGAAAAAGACUCAGGAGCGAGAAACCCUUUUAGUGCAAUAUCCUGACUUAAAUGGCCCUGUUUUGGAUGAUAAUUUAUACAGUGGUCAUCUUGAAAAGGACAUGGCCCUCCAGUUGAAGUCCAAUAUAGUUCGUAUCGAACUUUUAGAGAAGCAAAACCUGGUUUUAAGGAAUACCUUAGAGAAGAUUUGUAUUGAUCCCAUUAUCUUACAAAAUGUUGCUAAGUUGCAACCAAUUCCUUUGUGGAAUAUUGAGAAAUUCGCAAGCAAUGGAGAAGGAAGCUAUCAUAAGCAGACCAUUGGUGGCCAAAGUAUAACACAUACUCAACAUAACCAGCAACAAUACAUUCAGCAGAGCAGAGAGAAAUAUUCUCAUAUGAUAAAUAAAGAAGAGGAUGAACGAGCUAUGGCAAAAGCUCUGUAUGAGAUUGGGAUGAGUGACCAUUAUAACCUGAUGUCAAAACCAACUGGUAAAAAUAAACAAGCAGCAGCUAGAUGCCAGUCUUCAGAUGCCAACAGAUCACAACAAUCUCAGCAGUUACCACCAACAACAACAAGAUCAUCUGGCAGCAUCCAAACAUAUAAAGUUUUGAAGCAGUUAGGUAAAAUGCACCAUGGAAAUUCAAGACCAAAGACUACAGAGACAUCUGCCACAAUAAAAACAUUACUUACGAAACCGCCUCCACGUAAUGCGUAUGUAUGUAAACACUGUGAUAAAUUAUACUUACUGGAAAGAGAACUGUCAAUUCAUUAUCUUUAUUGUAAAGGCUGAGUAGCAAACAACUGGAGAUACUGUUAUCCUGUCACAGAUCAUUUAUGUUGAUGUCUAAUUAUCUAAACUCUCAUGAACAUUGUGUUUUUUCAGCAUAGAAGACUAAGGGAGAUAAUUCUUUAACUGGCAAUAUUUUCUUAAAACAUGAACUUUCAAUAAAUUAUAAAAUUCUUUUAUUAAAUAAAUAAUAAAAUAAUGAUUA